UGUUUAGAUUUCAUGUUGUAAAUAUUAGUUUCCUAUUAAUUUACAGGAAUUUUAUACUUACUUAACUAAUUAAUGUUAUGAAUGAUACUAUAUGAUUGGUAAAUAAAAUAAAAUUUAAUUACCUUUUAUAAUAUAUAUAAGGAAGUCAUAUAAUAUGACACAUCCAAACAAAUAAAUUGUAUAAAUAGUUUUCCAUAAACUAAAUAAUGUGAAUGGUAUUUUUAAAAAAAUUUAUUUUGUAAAAUAUUUCAAAAUCAGAUUUUUUGAAUAUAUUAAAAAUUUUAAAUUAUGGAAAAGUGUUCUAUUGGAUUAGAAUGUAAUGUUGACUGCCACAAGCAAGGUUUAACAAGAAGACAAGGUCUUUUAGAUCUAUCAACGUUUUCAAGUGGUGAAAAACAUGAGUUAUUAUGGAGAGCUGGUUUUUUUGACUGUGGAAAAUUGUUUACAACAGUUUGCUAUUAUCAUAGAGAAUACUUUGGAGUUGCAUUUGAAAGAAAAUUUCAGAAAUGCUGAAAAAACAUGAAAAUCAAAAGAAAAACAUGGAAAUCGAAAGAAAAACGUGAAAGGCAAUUUUUAUAUUAUUUAGAUGAUUAGAAUGAUUGAAAUAGUAUGAUUAAAUAAAUGAUUGAAAUAGUUUAAAUAAAUUAAAGCAAUAUUAAGUAUAUUUAUAAACUAACAAUUAUACUCAUUUUUUCUUUACAAUGAUGGUGAGUUGAUAUUAGUUUUUAGAAAUAAUUGUUUCCUUUUUUUUUAUAGGAAAUGUGAAGAUAUUGCUAUCAAUAGCAAUAACUUUGAAAACAAAAGGCAUUGCUGCUGUAUCUGGGUGGAAAUUAUGCAUUAGUUGUUACAAAAGGGUACAUAGUACAAGAGUACAAAGGGUACAAGAAAAUCAAAUGAUCAAUGCUAUAGUAGGAUUGAGUCUGAACAAGAACAAUGUGCAUCUCUCAAUGAAAGUCUUGAAUCUAUAGGUGUGUCACCUAUGAAGCUUAAAUCAAUUCCAAAACACCAAUAAUUACCAGCUGCUAAAAGAAAAUUUGAUCAAAUAACUGAAGAAACAGCAAACAAAAUGAAACCAUUGAUCUUGUUCAUUACUUUUAUCAAAGUGACUAGUGCACACGAAUGAUGUAUGGAAAAAAAGAUUUUGUCAAGAUAGGGUACAAGCAACACAUGCAAAAAAGACUAAUUUAAAAGAACUUUAUGUAGCAUUUAAAUCCGAACAUUCUAAUUUAAUCGUUGGAUUUUCUUAGUUUUGCUACCUUCGUCCAAGAUGGUGUAUAACAACAAACUUGUCUGGCACCCACAUUGUUUGUGUCUGUAAAUAUCAUCAGAAUGUUAAGUUGUUAACUGAUGCUCUUAAAAUUGACAAAGAGUAUAGAGAUUUGAUGGAAAUAAUUGUUUGCAAUAGAGACAAUGUAAAGUGUGUGUUACAUCGAUGUCCGUUAUGUCCUGGUAUUACUGCUUUAAAAGAAUUCUUAACAGAAAAGUUUGACAACACCGAUAAAGAAAUAACAGUUAAACAAUGGCAACAUACAGAUAGGACUACGCUGAUCAAUCAAAAAAUCAAUAUUGAAGAUGUAAUUGACCUUAUAUGCAAUAAAAUAGAUAAAUUAAUAUCUCAUUCACUUAUAGCUAAAAGUCAAGCCAACUACCUUAUAGAUUGUAAAGAGUUAUUAAGUCAAAAUGAGUGUAUAGUAUUGGGUGACUUUGCAGAGAACUUCCAAUUUAUUGCUCAGGAUGAGGUGCAAAUUUACCUCUGGAAUAAACCAAAAUUUACACUUCACUCUAUUAUUAUAUACUAUAAAUCAAAUGAUAAACUGAUAUUUAAGUCAAUUUGCUUCCUUUCUGAUGACAUUAGGCAUGAUGUAUACUUUGUAUAUAAAAUACAACAGCUCACUACCAAUUACAUUAAGGCAAACAUUCUACAAAUUAGUAAUAUUAGUUACUUCACUGAUGGAUGUGCAGCACAAUAUAAAAACUUUAAGAACUUUAUUAAUCUUUGCCAUUUCAAAGAAGACUUAGUGAUGCUGAAUGAAACUUUUUUGCUACAAGCCAUGUUUAUAAAUCAGAAAUAAAAGAAGUACGAUCAUAAACAAAAAAGAUGAAGGAGAAGGAGAUUAUAAAAAUCAAUUUAUGCAUCCACAUGGUCCCAGUUUUUCUUGGCCUGCACGAAAAGAUAUGUGUUGGGUCCCAUCAAAUCAUAUUUUAUGUAUCACUGAUACGCCAUCUACAACAAAUGGUCGUGUAUAUAAAAUUUCAGAAAUUGAGUUGGCAAAAAUUAUUUAACAAAAUAACCAAGAUUUUUAGAAAAAAUUUAUAUUGCGUCAUUAUUUUUAUACUUGUAUGUUAUUUUUUUAAAUAUAGUUAAAAUAUAAAUGUAUGUGUAAUUAGCACAAUUUGGCCACACAAAUAAAAUUCUCCUGGUAACUUGUCUUUAUAUAUUUUAAGAAAAAAAAAAAGUGGGGGGAUUUGGUAAUAUGCCUAAUUGCGACCUUUCCCCCAACCCAACCAAGCUGGCCUCCAAAAGUUUGAUGGAAAAAUUUUAUCAAAACAAUCUUAAUUUUAUUGGCAUAACGAAAUUAGAAAAAUAUUAAUUUUUUUUUUACUGGGAGGGCAGGAGGGUGGGGUGAAGCCUACCCCAGGAACCAAAAAUUUAGAAAUAAAGUAUACAUUUAUCAUUGCCCUCGAAAUGACGUUAAAAAUAACUUUUUACAAAAUUAGGAAAAUAUUACUUUUUUGUGUGUGAAGGGCGUGGGGGGGGGGGGGAGCCUAUCCCAGGUACCAAAAAUUUAGAAAUAAAGUAUACAUUUGUCAUUGCCCUCAAAAUGACUUUAUAAAUAACUUUUUACAAAAUUAGGAAAAUAUUACUUUUUUUUUGUGAAGGCAGGGGGGUUGGGGAGCCUACCCCAGGUACCAAAAAUUUAGAAUUAAAGAACACAUUUAUUAUUGCCAUCAAAAUGACUUUAAAAAUAACUUUUUACAACAUGAUAUUAAGAUAUAUCUUAUAUCAUGUUGAGCCUUUUAAGUAAAGCUUAGAUAUAUCUAAGCUUUACUUAAAAAAGUCAAAAAAUGCAAUAAUAUGUUUUUAAUUAAUAGUGAUGUUUAAUAACUUUAUUGUAUGUUUUAGUAAUGGCUGAAAAAAAAUUACCAAGGUGACAUCACCAUUUUGACUGUCAAAAUACCCUAAAAUAAAUGCCAUUAUUCUUUAAUUUACAUGUACUU